CCCCCUUCUCAGGUGGGCGUGGAGAGAAAAUUUUUGAGAACUGUUUGAUUUUGGACAAUAAUAAAAAUAACAUUUUAGUUUUCUCUCUUCUAAAAUCACAGCAGAGAGAUGGCUUUGCUUCAAAAUCUUCUCGGAAAAUCUAAUUUCCUUGUCGGGAAGCUUGAAAAUUUAGCCCUGCCCGCAUCAAUCGUGGCUCGAAAUGCUUCAAAGAAAACAGGCGGCAGCACCAAGAACCAGCGAGGAAAAACUCCGAUUCCAAAGUUCCGAGGGCUGAAGAAGAAUGAGGGAGUUUACGUGACGGCUGGCACGAAGGUCGUGACGCAGAGGAAACUCAAUUACCACCCUGGACUGAACGUAGGGUUAGGCAAGGACGGCACCUUGUUCGCCAUUGAGGACGGAAUCGUCAAAAUCACCAGCGAGAAGUGCGACCUCAACAUGGAUCACUCGUGGGUGCAGAGAAUUUACGGCGGAAAGGACAUUACUUAUCUUUACAAAAAGUACGUUCAUGUACUCAACCAACCUCAACACAACAGAUUCAAGUUGAUUGAUACUAUUUGAGUACAUAUUUUGACCUUCGCAGGUUUUAAAAAUAAAUUUAGUAAUAACAAUAAAUGAUAGGUUAGAAAAUGAAUAUUU